GAAAGAGGCGAUUUAAGUGAUCCAAGCCUCUGUGGCCUUCCACCUAAAAACAGAACUAUGAGCUGAUGAGGUCAGAUGUGAACAGCCCCCUCUGGUUUCACAAGGCUUCAAAUACCCACAAGGGGAAGGAGCUGUCACCUUACUUCAGGCACAUCACCCGCACACACACACACACACACACACCUCAAUCAUGAGUCAAGUUUUGACUAUCGAGCGCUGUGACCUGAACAUCAAAGACAACAAAAGCAGCCAUCGCACGGAGCUGUUUGCGGAUGAGCGUCUGAUCGUCCGACGAGGACAAGCCUUCGCUAUCUUUGUCUACUUGAAACAUGGCAGCAAGACGCUCAAAGCAAACGACCCCAGUGUCAACUUCAUUGUUCACACUGGUCCACUGCCCAAAAAAGAAUCAGAUACCAAGGUUUCCUUCCCGCUCAGCAACUCCACAGUCAACACCAAGUGGAGCGCCUCGGCCACUCAUGAUCGGGCGAGCAACAAAGUGUCCAUCACCAUAGCAUCCUCCCCUAACGCCCCCAUUGGGCUCUACUCUCUGGCUGUAAACCACAACGGGCAGGAGACCACCUUAGGGCAAUUCACUUUGCUCUUUAACGCUUGGUGUCGAAAUGAUGCCGUGUACAUGCAAGGCGAGGCCAAGAGGCAAGAGUACGUUUUGGCGCAGCAUGGCCAGAUCUACAGAGGCACGCACAAACGCAUUAAGGGGAUGCCGUGGAACUUUGGACAGUUUGAAGCCGGAAUUCUGGACAUCUGUCUGAAAAUCUUGGACGACAAUCCGAAAUUUGCGUUGGACGCCGAUCAGGACUGCUCAGCCAGGAGAAAUCCUAUCUACGUGACUCGGGUCCUGAGCGCCAUGAUCAACAGCAAUGACGACAACGGGGUGCUGGUAGGUAAGUGGUAUAACAUUACCGGAGGCGUUCACCCCGGCCAGUGGGUCGGGACCGGAGACAUUCUGCGCCAGUGGGCGGAGAGCGGCUCGGUCCGCUAUGGCCAGUGUUGGGUGUUUGCUGCCGUUGGUUGCACAGUGUCCCGUGCCUUUGGUAUCCCUUGUCGGGUAGUGACCAACUUUGGUUCAGCCCACGACAGUAACGCCAACCUGAUCAUAGAAAAUGUUUACGAUGAAGAAGGGAAUAAUAUUUCAGAUGGGGAUUCAGUCUGGAACUUCCAUGUUUGGGUGGACAGCUGGAUGACCCGUCCAGACUUGGGCAAGGAAUAUGACGGGUGGCAAACCAGCGAUCCGACGCCACAGGAGAAGAGUGACGGUGUUUACUGUUGUGGUCCAGCUCCACUGAAGGCCAUUAAGGAAGGAGAGCUCACCAAAAAGUAUGACACCCCUUUUAUUUUUGCUGAGGUCAAUGCUGACGUGGAGAACUUGGUUCGUCUGUCGAGCGGAAAAUACGUCAAGAUCGGCGGAUCGACCAACCACGUCGGCCGCUUCAUCAGCACCAAAGCUGUUGGCUCAGAUGAGAGACAAGACAUCACAGAUGAGUACAAGUAUCCUGAAGGUUCUAAGGAGGAGCGCAAGGUGUUUGAGAAGGCCCAGCAUCGCAACAAGCUACAACAGCGAGGGGAGGAACCGGGCCUUCAACUCAAGAUUAAGCUGGCAGAAAAUAUGAUCGUGGGUUCGGACUUUGAGGUGUACAUUGCUGUCACCAACAAUUGCACGGUGACAAAGACGUGUACGCUGCUCUUCUUUGCCAAAGCUGUUGGUUACAACGGCAGGCGAGGAAAGAGCUGUGGAUUCACAUCGGAUAGAGUGGAAUUGCCCGCCGGAGAAGAGAGACGACUGUACCUCAAACUAGAGUACGACACUUAUGGAGCAGUGAUCACAUCCGAUCGACUCAUUCAUCUGUCAGCCGUCACCAUCGACAAGGAACACAUCGAUUAUCACAAGGCCGAGAAGACUAUAGUGCUGGACGAGCCUCCUGUAGAAAUCAAGCUGCUAGGAGAAGCCAAGGUGAGGCAGCCGGUGUCGGUGAGGCUGACCAUGGCAAACCCGUUGCCGGAGGCGCUUCAGGAUUGUAGCUUCACCGUUGCGGGUGCUGGCCUGGUUGACGGCAAGCCCAUAACAUUCAAGAUUGGACGUGUGGGCCCCAAACAGGAAGCUACAGCCACCGCCAUGUUCACUCCUACCACGGCUGGCUCCAGCGUCCUACUGGUCAGCUUUGACAGUGACAAACUGAAAAACAUCAAGAACUCCAUCAGUAUUGUAGUGAUGGGGGGCUAGACUUUUAGAAUUUUCGGACACGUCUUUUGUCAUAGCAGACACAGUGGCUUACUUUUAUUCAAUCUACCCUCAUAUAGUGCAACUCAGGCUAUAUAUUUCAUUGAUUUGAUACGAUUUAAUCAUCAUCCUUUGUUAUUUUCUAGUCCGUACGAAUAGUAGUAAGCAGUUAAUGUGAACAUUUGAUGAUAGGCAAUUUUAC